AUGGCUGGCUCAAUCCGAAGAACUACUUCUCACAUUCGUUCGAGUAGUUGGCCAUCUACAUCACACCCUCUAGACUCGAGCGUGGAAGCUCUCUUGCACAAGCUCACUACAUCGAAACUCGAACCCUCUUCUACCGCCUCAUCCAUAUGCACCAAUUUAUCUAACAUCAAGGAAUUAUAUGAAGGCAUCAACCAUUCAAUUGGAUGUCCUCUAAACCAACGAGCCCUCUCCCUUGAACAGCACCAAGCUAGUGUUGAAGAGGUUCUAGAAGGGUCUCUUAGCUUGUUGGAAGCUUGUUCAUCCACCAAUGAUGUUUUGUCGUUGUUGAGAGAAGCCAUAGUAGAGCUUCAAUCAUGCCUAAGAAGAAAAAGCGGGGAACAAGAAAAGGGUCUACAUGCUUAUAUGAUGUCAAGGAAGAAAAUCCAGAAAAUGGCAAACAAAUGCUUAAAAAAGUUGAACAAAAUAAAUUCUCAGCAAGAUAGAAGCUACAGUGUUUCAAUUGUGAGAAUGCUCAGAGAAGCUGAGAUCGUUAGUUUCUUUACAUUGAAGUCUAUCAUGACUUAUUUAUCUACACCGACAAUUACGUCAAGGAGUUGGUCAUUGAUGACUAAAGUGAUGAACUCUAAACACGUAUCGUGCGAGAGACAAAGAGAUUCCAAUGAAAUAGAGAAGAUAGAUAGCACAGUUUUUGCUUUUGAAGGAAAGAAGACAAAUAAAGAUGUGAAAAUGGCUCAAGAUUUGUUGAAACAAUUAGCAACACUAGAGUUGAGUGUUCAAGAAAUUGAAGGCUCGUUGGAAUCAAUAUCCAGAUGCCUACUAAGAACAAGGGUCUCCCUUCUUAAUAUAAUUAGCCAUUAGUUCCUCCCAUCUGAGGAACACAAUUUUGUAAUGACAGCAUUUUUGUACAUCAUCCUAUAUGCAUAAACCAAAGGUUAUAAUUGAAAUAAAUUCUUGAAAAUU